UCCGUUAUCAUGCGCCUGCUUACAGCUAACUAGUAGCUGUGCUCAGCUCCAUUGGAAGCCAUGGCUGGCGGCUGGCGAGGCUUUGCUUUGCUGGAAGAAGCCGAGCUCUUUUCCGGCCGUUUAAGGGAUCUGCUCUCCUCCGGACAAACGUACGUCCGGAGCCAGUUCGGCUUGGACUUGGGUCUGAAGCCCGAGCAGUACCCGACCUGGUUGAUGCUGACCACGGCCGCCGUCGCUCUGCUGUUCCUGCUCGCUGCGUCCUGGGCCGCCGUCUGCGGAGCUCUGCUGGCCGGCAGGAGGCGGCCGGGUUGCCGGGUUCCCCACGUCGGCUGCAAGCUGCCUGCCAAGGCCCCUUCGACGACCAAACCUGCUAAACCAGAGGAGGUGAAGAAAAGGAACCAAAAGAAAGUGCGAGAUAAGAAGACUCAACAGCCUAACGGACAGCCUGCCUCCAUGCUUCCAGAGGAAGUCAAAGUUCUAGGGGUGCUCUCCAAACCGCCGCCGCAGUCCAAAACUCAGAAGGCGCCUGAAGUGCAAGCACCCGCAGUGCUGGUGAAAAAAAACAAGAAAAAAGCCAAAACUAGUGUCAAAGCGACUCAUAAUGUGUCUACAUAUGACGGCAAGGAGCUUGGUGAUGACACAUGGGAGACCAAAGUUAGCAACCGAGAGAAGAGGCAGCAACGCAGGAAGAACAAGGGCCCCGAGUCGCUUGGUGGCACAGCGGGGUCUGAUGCUGCCAAGACCCAUGUGGAGCCGGCAUUAAAGGUUAAGAAGAACAGAGCAGAGUCGCAGCGUUUAAGAGCAGCUGAUAAAGUGGACUCAUCCCGAGCAGUUGGGUUGUCCACCCGAGGAGAGGUGUCUUCCAAUAAUGGUGGCGGGUGGAAUAACUUUUCCAUAAAAAUCCCAACUCAGGUGUCAUCUAUAGAGGCGAGUAAGUUUGCUGCAGACUACCAGACCCAACCUGAGGCCCAGUCUUGCACGCAGGAGUCACAAGCAUCGUGGUGCAGUAUCGAUGUCCAGAGGAAGUCGGACCACAACCCCAUGACUUUCUCCAUGCUGCGACUGAACCCUGCAGCAAAGUCCAUGGAGCUGCAGUGGACCAGCCCUGCUGAUGCUGACGAUGAAUGGAGCGAUAUAAACGGGGUGACCCCUGUGGAUUCCACCUCGGACUGGAACGCCCCAAUUGAGCACUGGGGGAACUAUGAGGAGCCCACUGUGACGGCAACACUGGUUCAGCGCAAGGACAAAACCGUUCUCAACAAGGUUUCACAGGAUAAGGACUGCGAAGAUCCAGCAGGGGAAGAUGUUAAGUCCAAGAACAAAAGAAAAAAGAAGAAGAGACCGGAAGAAGAGGCAGCGUCUGAGGCCCAGGUAGUGAAAGCAGUUCUUAAACCUCAACAACUUCCCGCUCUGGCCUCCAAGAAGCCGAGUCCCAACUCAUUAAAUCAAAAGCGAACUGAGCCGGUGGCAGAGGCCUCACUCAAGAAAAAGGUCAGAAGGGAAACUUAAAAGUCGCCUAAAAAGUCCUGUUAAACCGUUUAUGCAAACGAUUGUUGAAAAUGUCAUAUGCAAUAAUUAAUACCAGGUUCAAAGCUUUUUCUUUCUGGUACACACUUUUUUAUUAUUUGCUGAAAUAUUGAUGAUAAUGAUAAGAAGAAAAGUGACUUGCUUGGUUGUGUUAAGUGAUUAAAAUGAAGGUGGGGUAGAGGGGUCCUAUGGACUUAAAUCUAAUUUGCACUAUUUUUGCUGCGCUGCAGUCUUGCGCGAUGUUUAUUGCUUCGUAUGGAAUCAAAUAUGUUUUUGUGAUCAUUUUUUUAAAAAUUUGAUAUUUUGCCCUGUGGAAUGUUGCACUUUUUGUUUACAAAUACACAACCUUUAUUGUAUGGAAACAUGCUCCAAUUAUUCAACACAUGUUAAGAUAUCAUGUUUGCUGUACAAGAGAACAGCAGAAUGGUUCUUUUUGAGGCGGGUUUUGAAUGAAAGUGACCAAUUCUGGCCACUAGGAGGCACUGGACUAUGAACAGAGUUAUAUAAAGAGAGUAUAGCCAUCUAAACAGGCACCAUACCAUGACUGCUACUAAGGACAUGUGCAAUUGCUGUCGUUUUGACGUUAGUUUUUUUUGACAAUAUACACCAAAAUAAUAUCAAUCAAUCAAUCAAUGAUUAUUUAUAUAGCCCUAAAUCACUAGUGUCUCAAAGGGCUCCACAAACCACAACACAAACAAUAUGUCUGUGUAUAAUUCGAAACAUACUCCAGCUCAUGAAUUUACAAUAAAACAUGCUUUUAUUUUGUAAAAGUAUAAUUUUGUGGCCGGAUUUGACGCACUCUGCUGCUACAUUCCUGCAAUGUUUUUUGACCAGCAGACAAGACACUCUAACAUGAACCCGAAGGCGCGAUAAAUGUGGAAAAAUACACAGAAUGACCAAAAAAUCUUUCAUUAACUUUGGACCAACAUUCACAGAGAAAUUAUGACUUGUGUGUGAGGAGUGUCAACUGUGGUGGCUGCCUCCAUUGCAUUUGUAAUCAUUAUAUGAAUGUCUCAUUAGGUGUUAUUCUAACGGAUCUUUCUUUUUCGUAACAUGCUAAGUGAAUAAGUGUACUUUUGUAGUUAUUUUCCCGCAUUUCUGCAAAAUAACUUAGAUUUGUUAACACUGGCGAGCGGUAGAAAAUAUGGUGUGAGUUUUAGUCCACAACAUUUUUUGCUUUGUUCAUUAUUGGCUUAUUUCUUGCCACUUUAUGUUCUAUAUUUUAUGGGAUUUUCAGUUUACUUUCUCAUCUAGUAUUACACCCAAAAUGUGGUUUCUCUUGCUUUUCACCGUCUAUUUGUAUUUGUGUUUGACUUUCUCUUCUACUGUUGACGACUAGCAUUAUUUUAGUUUUACUGAAAUUCAAAGAUAGUUUGUUUUGUCUAACCCAUCCAUUAAAUGUAUGAAUUUCUUCUGUUAUUAUUUGUAUUAGUUUCUGUAUGUUCUAUGUGUUGUGUGUUUACUUGGCACAAGACAUUGUAGUUGGUGCCUCUCCAAUGUUGUUCACAAACCUUCAAUUCACAUACUUGUCUUUUUUCUGGGUUGUUGGGAAAGCGAUAUAAAAGCUUUCCACUAUUCUCGUGGUUUGAGCAGCCCAAUGCGAUAUACAAGCUUUCCACUACUCUUGUGGCUGGAGCAGCCCAAUGCUGCACAACAUGGCAUAUUAACACAUCAAAAAACUAACGAGGAAGUACCACAAACACAUCGGAUCAGCUCAAAGUUGUUAUGGUGCCCUGUAGUCACGCGAGUGGCUUUUUGACCAAUCAUUGAGGAGAUCGCCUGAAACCGAGUUGGCUAUAUUCUCUUUAUACUACGACUGUGACUAUUAAUGGCUGAAUCUGAUCAUCUCAUGAUGCAAACACACCCUGAAGUAUUGACAGGCUAUAUUUAUUUUUUAUCUCAGUCAAUAUUUAUCCGUGCAGACUUUUAGUUAGUCAAUUUGCUCCAGAAUGUAACAUUUUCCUAUUUUAUGUACUGGAAAAAAACAUGUGGGCUUUUCCCCACUUUUACGUUGUGCUAAAGGCAGUGUUUUGUUUUAGAUGUCAACAAAAUGUCUUAUUUGUUGCAUUAACCAUGAAUGAUAACAGCAGCUUUAUUUGUACGUCUUUAUGUUAUUAUCACAGGAAUUUGAUUCCAUUGCCUUAACUUGUAGUUGUAUAUAAGUGUUGAAUGGCGACUUUGUAAAAAUUUCCAUCCAAUUCUAAGUUUUGAUGUCAAAUGAGUCUUGCAUGACUUUGAUGAUGAUGAUAAUAAUAAUAAUAGUACUACUUGUGUACAGGAAAUCUUUAAAGCAGAGUUGCCUGUUUUUGUUUUCGAGGUAUAACAUCCAGUUUAUGAUUUUUUUUUAUUAUUAAAAAAGACAAAUGGCAGUUUUUCCUCUUUAGUAGACAUGAGCAGUACUGUUGUUGUUGUUCCAAGAUGGGCUGGUGGGGGGUAAUAAAAAAAAAUAGAACAAAAUCAACAUUACGAUUGUAGGCAACUCUUUUUUGUUAUUUUUUUCCUUUUUUGUACUAAAUUUUUACUGAUGAUUGAAUCAAUGUAUUUAUAUUACUUCAUUUGUGAAUGAUUUCUUUAUUGAGGUGAUACAAAUGAUAUUUCUAUGUAUAAAAAAAUACCAAUAAAUAAGAAUUUCUUGAUUUUA